UCUGUCUCCUGGACAUCCCCUAAAGAGUCUUCCUCACCAGGUGCCAGGACAACGCAAUUAUGAAAAACAAUGAAGAGAAAAUUUUCAAUGGAGCAACAAAUACUCCUCAGACUGGAAGUGUUUCUGACUUGGACCAUCAGGUGUGGAUCCUUCAAGGUCAGAUGCUUGUGACAGUUCCACGGACUAACAGUGUAGCUUCAGUUACGGUCACUGUUCUCCCAUGCAAGUACCCAGAGUCCCUUGAGCAAGGUAAAGGGAAUCCCAUCUAUUUGGGAAUCCAGAAUCCAGAUAUGUGUCUGUGCUGUGAGGAAACUGACGGACAGCCCACUUUGCAGCUGAAGGAGGAGAAGAUUUUGGAUCUCUACAACCAACCUGAGCCCGUGAAGCCCUUCCUCUUUUACCAUGCCCAGACGGGUACAACUUCCACCUUCGAGUCUGUGGCCUUCUCCGGCUGGUUCAUCGCCUCCUCCAAGAAAGGCCAGCCCAUCUUCCUCACUUCAGAACAGGGGAAAUCUUACAACAUUAAUUUCAAUUUUUAUAGAAAGCCUUGA